UACUCUUUUACUCUCCAGCGAAUGCCUGCUCGCCAUUCAUUCAUUGCCUUCUCAUUUCUACUGUCAUCUCCUGUCUUGUUACUGCAAAUCUGGGUGAUUCAAUCCCCUUUUCUUUCGCUGUGAAUUGCGAGGCACUGAAAUGGCCUUCGCUUCUGCACUCCAGCCCAUAUUUUGCUCUGGUAAUUAUGCCGCAAAACCCAUCAAGGACAAGCUAAAAGCUGGUGGUUCUGGUGGAGGAGGUGCUGUUGGAAACGUUGUGGAGGUGGUGAAAAAGGAUUUUGAGUUUCUGAGGAAGGGAUUUAGUAAAGGUGUGGAAUGGGCUAAUACUACUCUUCACCUUCCCAAGAUUGCAAAAUCAAUUGAUGACUUCAUCUGGCUCCGUCAUGUUGAAGACCCACGUGUUGUUUCUCCACUCAGGACUCCUUCUUGGCCUCAGCCUUAUUAUCCAGAGCUUUCUGGAAUUGAUUUACUUGUUGCUGAUCUUCAAGCACUGGAGGCAUAUAUUAGCUAUUUCUACUAUCUAUCCAAGUUAUGGACGAAGCCAUUGCCCGAGUCAUAUGAUCCUCAAGAAGUAGCUGACUAUUUUAUGUUGAGGCCUCAUGUAGUUGCCCUCCGUCUUCUGGAGGUGUUUGCUGCCUUUUCUUCUGCUGCAAUAAGAAUGCGAAUCUCAGGGAUCGGUUCUUCCAAACGCAAUGUUGCUGAUAAGGAUAUAUCCCAGUACAGUUUUGGAAUAUUGUUAAAGGAAACAAUGCUAAAUUUGGGCCCUACAUUUAUAAAAAUUGGUCAGUCCCUGUCCACAAGACCGGAUAUCAUUGGGACUGAGAUCUCCAAGGCUUUGUCUGAGCUGCACGAGAAUAUCCCCUCUUUUCCCAAGGUUGUUGCUUUCAAGAUCAUUGAAGAAGAACUGGGUUCUCCUGUGGGAAAAUUCUUUAGCUAUAUUUCAGAGGAACCAGUUGCUGCAGCUUCAUUUGGUCAGGUCUAUAGAGCUAGGACUGUUGAUGGUUUUGAUGUUGCUGUGAAAGUCCAGCGCCCUAACCUACAUCAUGUGGUUGUUCGAGAUAUUUACAUUCUUCGGCUCGGGCUGGGGCUAUUGAAAGAAAUAGCAAAAAGGAAGAGUGACCCCAGGCUUUAUGCUGAUGAACUGGGAAAAGGCUUAGUUGGGGAGUUAGAUUACACCUUGGAGGCUGCCAAUGCAGAGAAAUUUAUGGAAGCACAUUCUCGGUAUCCUUUUAUAUGUGUUCCAAAAAUUUUCCGACAUCUUAGCCGGAAAAAGAUUCUGACCUUGGAAUGGAUGGUUGGUGAUAAUCCACGCGAUUUACUUUUCCUCUCUACUGAAUCACUUGACCAGCACCCUGGAUUAACAGAGAGGCAGCAAAAUGAAGCAAAAAGACGUCUUCUUGACUUGGUUAAUAAAGGAGUGGAAGCAUCACUAAUUCAACUCCUUGAGACUGGGUUAUUGCAUGCUGACCCCCACCCGGGCAACUUGCGCUACACAUCAUCUGGGCAAAUUGGGUUUCUUGAUUUUGGGUUGCUUUGCCAGAUGGAAAAGAAACAUCAAUUUGCCAUGCUUGCAUCCAUAGUGCAUAUAGUUUAUGGAGAUUGGGCAUCUCUUGUGCAGGCACUAAUUCAAAUGGAUGUUGUACGGCCAGGAACUAAUGUUCUGCGUGUUACCAUGGACUUGGAAGAUGCCUUGGGAGAGGUGGAACUUAACCGGGGAAUCCCCAACGUCAAGUUUAGUCGGGUUCUUGGUAAAAUAUGGUCUGUGGCACUGAAGUAUCAUUUUCGCAUGCCACCAUACUACACUCUGCUUCUGCGGUCUUUGGCUUCACUAGAAGGAUUGGCAGUUGCUGCAGAUCCAAAUUUUAAGACAUUUGAGGCUGCAUAUCCCUAUGUUGUCCGUAAACUUCUCACUGAUAAUUCAGCUUCCUCGGGGAGAAUUCUGCACUCGGUUGUGUUCAACAGGAAAAAGGAAUUUCAAUGGAAAAAGCUUGCUCUUUUCUUAAGAGUUGGAGCUGCAAGAAAAGGAUUGCACCUGGUGGCGGCAUCAAAGUCUGAAACAUCUCGUGACCCUUCUUCAAUUGGAGUCUCUGGUGAACAUGAUGUAGCAAACCUGAUUUUGAGACUCUUACCUUCAAAGGAUGGCUAUGUGCUUAGAAGACUCCUAAUGACUGCAAAUGGAACUUCAUUAGUCAGAGCUAUGGUGUCAAAGGAGGCAAAUUCCAUGCGUCAGCAAUUUUGUAGAGUCAUCGCAGAUAUACUUUAUCAGUGGAUAAGCAGGGUUUUAGGGAAUGGUGUUCAGGUUGUACAAUUUAGUCCCCAAGUGCAGUUGGGUAGAGGCGCUAGCAACAUUGAGAUAGAUUCAUCUUCUAGAAUAACACCAAUGAUUGAUUAUGAGUCCCUUUUAAGAGAUCGACGGAUAAAAAUUAUUUUGUUCAAGAUACUAGAUUCUGCAAGGAAGGAUCCAAUAUUGAUGCUUAGGUUCUACUGGACUUCAUUUAUUAUGUUGGUCACAGCAUCUGCAAUGGCAUGUCAUCGGGUGUUGGUUACCCUCUUUGAAGCCAGUUUGGCUCAUAUAUCUCUUGCCCCUAAGAGAAUUGCUGUCGGCGUAUGAUUUUCCAAUGGCCUCAAGGGGUCCUGACAUCGAUCGAGGUAAUUUUUCAGACGAGGGUUGAGGUGGAUAGAAGCAGUUCUGUUGGAAAUGGUUCAUCUUUGAGGAGCUAACACGAGUUAAAGUGGUACUGUAUACUUGUUAUUACACCUGGGCACCUGCAUAACCUAUGAAUGGAGGCGAUCGAGCUGCUUACUCUUCAGUUGUAUUUGAGAGUUAUAUGACGUGUUUGUAUGGGUGUCUGCAAUUUGUCAGGCAACAGAGGCCGACUGUUCAUGCUGUUUAGUUGUAACAUAGCAGACGUUGUAUAUUCUGUAUAGUUUCAGGAGAUUUAACAGUGUAAAAGAGUGAGAAAUCACCAUAUUGGUUUAGAGUGCUUAAUUGUUCUUGCAUUUACCAAUUUCUAUU